UAGUAGUCCAUGGAAUGGACACAGUUGAUAUAUACUACUGAGCAGUUCAGUUUCUGAAACGAAGCACAGCGAAAUGGGUCUUCGCAACUUCAGCCUCAACCGUCGUCAGUGGCAGCUCCACCUCGCCGUCGCUACUCUUCUGUUCUUAGCAGUUAGUUCACUCGGGUCUCCAGUUGAAACUCACAAAAGGGCCAGGUCAUCUGUGUUCUCCCUAUUUAACCUCAAAGAAAAGAGCCGAUUUUGGAGUGAGAAUGUUAUCCACAAUGAUUUUGAUGAUUUGAACUUUUCAAGCCGCGGCAAAGCAAGCGCAUUUAAUUACACCAAUGCAGGUAGUAUUGCAAAUUAUCUCAAACUGCAGGAAGUUGAUUCCAUCUAUGUUCCAGUUCCUAUGAAUUUUAUAUUUAUAGGAUUUGAAGGGAAGGGCAACCAAGAAUUCAAGCUUCUUCCAGAAGAAAUUGAGCGUUGGUUUACAAAAAUUGAUCACAUCUUUGAACAUACACGAAUUAGACAGGAAGAUGUUAUAUCUGCAUUUUACAAAACCAGUGCAGGUAAAAUGCAACGACACCACCUUCCUGUUGCCAGUCACAUAAAUUACAACUUUUCUGUUCAUGCUAUUGAAAUGGGGGAGAAGGUCACUUCCAUAUUUGAACGUGCACUGAACGUGUUCGGUCGCAAGAAUAAUCCACUUGGUAGCGGGGAUAAUGAUGUUGGUGAUUGGCAAGUUGAUGUGGACAUGAUAGAUGGUGUUUUAACUAGCCUAGUUGAAUAUCUUCAACUUGAAAAGGCAUAUAAUAUUUUUAUUUUGAAUCCCAAGCGUGAUGAGAGGAUGCCUAAAUAUGGGUACCGGAGAGGUUUAUCUGAGCCCGAAAUGAACUUGCUAAAGGAGAAUAAGACUUUGCAAAUGAAACUUCUACAGUCUGAAGGGGUUCCUGAAAGUAUUCUUGCUCUUCCAAAGAUUCAGAGACCAUUAUAUGCAAAGCAUCCUAUGAUGAAAUUUGCAUGGACAAGAGCUGAGGAGACUGAAAUUGUGGAAUGGUAUAAUAUUUGGCUUGAUGCAUUAGAUAAUUAUGGGAGGUUGUAUCAAGGGAGCGACCCAGCUAAGAUCCUUGAAGCCAAAGCUUUACAGCUACUUAAAGGGAAGGAUCAAGACUUGAAGCUCCUUUUGGAAAGAGUAUUAAAAUCCGGGGAUUAUAGUGGUUUUCAAGCUGAAUGUCUCACAGACACGUGGAUUGGAAAGGACAGAUGGGCUUUUAUCGAUUUAAGUGCAGGUCCUUUUUCAUGGGGACCUGCUGUUGGUGGAGAAGGUGUGCGUACAGAAGCAAGUUUACCAAACGUGGAAAAGACAGUUGGUUCAACGUUAGAAAUUUCAGCAGAAGAAGCUGAAGACCGAUUGCAAGAUGCUAUUCAGGAGAAAUUUUCUGUAUUUGGUGAUAAAGACCACCAGGCCAUUGAUAUUCUUCUAGCUGAGAUUGAUAUAUAUGAGCUUUUUGCUUUUAAACAUUGCAAGGGAAGGAAAGUCAAGCUUGCUCUAUGUGAAGAACUUGACGAGAGGAUGCGAGAUUUGAGAAAUGAGCUUCAGUCGUUUGAAGGUGAAGAGUAUGAUGAAAGUCAUAAGACAAAAGCCAUAGAGGCAUUAAAGCGGAUGGAAAGCUGGAAUUUGUUCAGUGACACAAACGAGGAGUCCCAGAAUUACACAGUUGCACGUGAUACUUUUCUUGCACAUCUUGGUGCAACAUUGUGGGGAUCUAUGAGACAUAUUGUAUCACCUUCAGUUGCUGAUGGUGUCUUCCAUUACUACGAGAAGAUAUCCUUUCAGUUGUUCUUCAUUACACAGGAGAAAGUUCGGCACAUUAAACAGCUUCCGGUGGAUGUGGAUGCUAUAAAGGAAGGACUUUCCUCUUUGAUGGUUCCUUCUCAAAAGCCAAUGUUCAGUCCGCAUAUGUUGCCUCUGUCAGAGGAUCCUGCUUUAGCAAUUGCCUUUUCAGUUGCACGACGAGCAGCUGCUGUGCCUUUAUUACUUGUCAAUGGAACCUACCGGAAGACAACUCGUACCUAUCUUGAUUCUGCCAUUCUACAGUAUCAGUUGCAAAGGCUGAAUAAACAUGGUUCACUUAAAGGUGGGCAUGCUCAUUCCAGGUCCACGCUAGAGGUUCCAGUCUUUUGGUUCAUUUAUAAUGAACCAUUGUUACUAGACAAACAUUUUCAAGCAAAAGCACUAUCUGACAUGAUUAUUGUCGUUCAGUCAGACCCUUCUUCCUGGGAAAGCCAUCUGCAUUGUAAUGGGAACUCACUUCUAAUGAACUUGAGGCAGCCUAUAAAAGCUGCAGUGGCAGCUACUGCAGAGCAUCUUGCGGGUUUGCUCCCCCUUCAUCUUGUUUAUGGACAAGCCCAUGAGACUGCAAUUGAGGACUGGAUAUGGUCAGUGGGUUGCAACCCUUUCUCCAUUACAUCACAAGGUUGGCACAUUUCACAGUUCCAGUCUGAUUCGAUUGCUCGGAGUUAUGUCAUCACUACUCUUGAAGAAUCAAUUCAGCUGGUUAAUUCUGCCAUUCAUCUUCUACUAAUGGAACGUACUACUGAAAAAACUUUCAAGAUCUUCCAGUCCCAGGAGCAUGAACUUGUAAACAAAUACAAUUAUGUCGUUAGCCUUUGGAGAAGGGUAUCAACUGUCACUGGAGAAUUGCGUUACGUUGAUGCAUUGAGGCUGCUAAACACCUUGGAGGAUGCAUCCAAAAGGUUUACUGAACAAGUUAAUACCACUGUUUCCCUUCUCCAUCCAAUUAACUGCACAAGAGAUAGAAAAAUACACGUAGUGUUUGAUAUGACAACUAUACCUGCAUUUUUUGUUGUUCUUGGGUGCCUUUAUAUGGUAUUGAGGCCAAGGCGACCAAAACCAAAGAUCAACUGAGGUUUCAACAUACUGUAGUGAAUUCUAAUUGAAGAAUGUUGCAAGGAGUUUCUAUGUUGGCAAGUACAAGCCUUUGUGGAAAGGAUUUACUAUUUCAUGAUAUAUGUACAUAGUUUUGUAGUAGAGUUAGAAGGUUUCGCUGGUAAUGGAUAGCGCCUCAGCAAAUUGUAAGCAUAUUUUUGCCUACUUUUAUGCAACAAUUUUGCCAAUCUGCAAAUUAAGCUAUCUUAAAGCUAGUAA